AGCCAGUCAGAGAAGUGGGACGUCUUUUGCAGGUGCCAACCAGACUCCUAGCAUUUUUGGGUGCGUCACACGCGGACUGAGUUAUUACAUACAACAUGACGCAGAACGGAAAGUGCAUCCAAGGAUUGGGAUGGAGCCUUGUGGUGAUGGGAUCUCUGAACAUCAUCCUGGGUAUAGCAGCUGAUGUCCUGUUUGGAGUGAUGGGUGCCUUCGCCCUCUUUCACUACAUCAGCACACCUAUAUGGUGCGGCGUUUUGAUCUUGAUAAGUGGUGUUAUGGGUAUUUACAGUGGAAAGAAUACAUCAAGCAGGAAUCAGAUGGUGAUUUUCUUGGUCGGUGGGAUCGUUGCCAUCUUCUUCAGCAUUACUUUACUCCUGUUGGGCAUUAUCGGAGCUCUUGUGGAUGGAAAUAUCUGUGAUCAAGAACAUCACAGCUAUCACAAUCCGUGUUCAGCACCAGCCAUUGCACUACACACGGUGAAUGCUGCUCUGGCUCUGGCCGAGGUUGUGAUAGCCUUUAUCGGCUCCGUCUUGGCCUGCACUGGGCUGGCACAACCUACUGAAAGGUACGACCGAGGACCCAACAUGAGUCCUGGACAGGCUGCGUUCAUCAUUGGCCAUGGGGCAUCAGUUGCUCCAGGUGCAGAGGGUAAACCCUACCCACAGCAGCAGGUGUUUGCUGCCCAGCAACCUUAUGCCAACCAGGGGUUCUAUGGCACUUUGGCUCCGCCUCCUUACACACCACAGACCAACAGUGGCGCUGCACCUGGUAGUGCCUCUGCAGAGACCAAAACUGAGCCUCCUGUCUAGAUCUAACACUCAAACAAAUGUGGCUGAUCCCAGUAGAAAGAUCUUUUAUCCUCAUCAAUCAGUAUAACUUUUUAGCUCCUUUCCUUGUAUCAGUGAGACAGGCCGUUACUUAUUCAUGCUAAGACCAUGAUCCCCUUUGUGUAAUAUUUCAGAAAGAGGUUUAUGAUUAGUGUGUGAAUACAAUACUAUAGUAGUUAUGUUCUUGACUUGACUGAAUGUUUGUAAGAGAAAUCAGUGCAAUGUGUAAAGCCAUUGAUUUGAUACAACUGAUUUGAUACAAUGAUUGUAUAGAAGAUUAUGCGUUAACUGAGGUUGGCAUAGCACUUGAGGUUCAUAAAGAU